ACCCAGUUUAGGGAAUGCCUCUGUCUUCUCCCCCUCCUCCCUUCACCUGGCUCUUAAAGGGCCCGGCCCCUGACCGACGGCUACUUAAGGCAGAGGGGCGGCAGCGUUCAGCAGCUGCGCUACGACUGUCCUGGAAGGAGUGGACAGGGGCAAAAAUCUGACCAUGACCCCCUAUAGGCUGCUGCCGCCACUGCUGCUGCUAACUCUGCUGCUCGCUGCCCGCCCAGAAGGCGCCUUGGCGCGGUGCCCAGGCUGCGGGCAGGGGGUACAGGCGGGUUGUCCCGGAGGCUGCGUGGAGGAGGAGGAUGGAGGGCCGACGGAAGAAGGCUGUGCAGAAGCCGGGGGCUGUGUUAGGAAAGAGGGGCAGCAGUGCGGGGUCUACACCCCUAACUGCACCCCAGGACUUCAGUGCCAGCCGUCCCAGGACGAGGAAGCGCCUUUGCGGGCGCUGCUGAUGGGCCGGGGUCGCUGUCAGCCGGUCCGCGCGCCCUCGGAGGAGAAUCCUAAGGAGAGUAAACCCCACGGAGGCACCACCCGUCCACAGGAUGUGAACCAUCGAGAUCAUCCAAGAAAUCCAGGGACCUCCAACACUCACUCCCGGCCCCAUUCUGGGGGUGUCCAAGAUGCUGAGAUGGGCCCCUGCCGCAAACACCUUGAAUCAGUGCUACAGCAACUCCAAACUGAGGUCUUCCGAGGGGCUCACACCCUCUAUGUGCCUAAUUGUGACCAUCGAGGCUUCUACCGGAAACGGCAGUGUCGCUCCUCCCAGGGGCAGCGCCGAGGUCCUUGCUGGUGUGUGGAUCGGAUGGGCCAGCCCUUAUCAGGGUCUCCAGAUGGUGAUGGAAGCUCCCUCUGCCCCACUGGGAGCAGCGGCUAAAGCUGGGUGUGUGUGUGGGGGGGGAGGGUGCUUGCAGGGCCACUGGCAAGAGCUUGGGGUUGUCAUCUUGGGCUAUCUGUUGAGUGAUUAGCAACUCAAGGGCUCUGAGCCCUAAAAUCCACCGUCAGGCCCUGCCCCAUUGUCCCCUCACUCCUGGGUACUUAUAUGUGUAGUCAGAAAGAUUGUUGUUGGCUUGGGGUGUUAAUAAAACUGUAUCGGGGAUCUCUGGCCUAUGUCUCUGUGUCACCUCUCACAGUUCUGAAGCCCUGGGCCCUCUCUCCACCCCAUGGCAGCCCACUGGUAGCAUUUCUCCCUUUUUGCUUUCAGUCCCUCCUACUCCACUUGGAAUUGAGGAGCCAGCCAUUGGCACAGGCUUCAAACCCUUAGGGUUUACCCAGCUACCCAAUAGGAGUUGGGGGAUUGGAAGAUGCU